AUGUUUUUUGGUCUUCUUUAUCCCCUUAUAUUUGAACUCUCUGCUCUAAUUCCAGAUCCAGCCUUUUCACAAGGUUUGUUAGACGCGUUUACUAAUGCGUAUCUCUUAUUGUUUUCAGUGUCAGAACAUUGAUGUUGGUAAUAUUCAGUUAUUCAUCGUAAUUCAACUCAGAAUCUGGAUAUAAGUCCAAUGUUCCCUGAAUUCUAUCAGUCUUUGCUUUUUUGUCAUGUUUCACUUGGCUAGUGAUGGGCAUUGAAUGCUAUUUGGAAACUUGUUUCGACAAUUUGCUUUAUAACUGAUAACUUGGAACGCUGCUGAAUGGCACAAUCUCAACGUUCUUUCAUAUUUAUCUGCUGUUAUGAAGUCCCAUAGUUGAAGUCAAUCUGUUGCCCUCUAACGUUCAGCACUUCAACUUGGUUAAAUGCAAAUAACACUCCAUCACUUCACAUUGAGAAAUGUUUCUCAAGACUUAGCUAAAGUAUUGAUUAAAAAAGCCUUCAUUCAACUUCAAUUUAAAUUCUAGAUGUAGACAAAAGACAGCUACACUCCUUUAAACUUGGAUAAAACUGCGGAGGUCUACAGGCUUUCGACCUCGUCAUGGUUUUUACUCAAAGUAAUUUAUCAAAGACUGCUAAUAUUGGGUUCGCAGAAACAUUUGAUUCCACUGUCUAUCAGACAAUUGAUUUAUGUUCUUCCUUUUCCGAAAGAAAAUUAAAAGCAAUAUGUCAUGGUAAGAUAAUUAAUACUGAGGAACAGAAACGAAUGAUAACAUUACAGCACCGAAGAGCUAGAAAUGCUUAGAAUUUAAAGGUUUGUAACUUUAUUUGCAAAAUUUAAUUUGAAAUGUUACCUCAGUGAAUAAAUAUAUAUUUAAGUCACUCAGAAUGCGCGUAUAUUUAUGGUAAAUGACAUGGCAGAUGUUGAUAACUGAGAAGUUUAGACAAUACAACUUAAUGUUCGAGAGGUUUCGAACAACUAUUUAAUAAAUGAAAAUCGAAAUGGCUCGUUGAAAUUGCUGCGAAAUUUAUCUGCGAUAUUUUAAGUGUUCAACGAAGUGAUUUUCUUUUUUCACCGAACUAAAUUUUUCACAUGUUAUCCUUCUCUCUUUAUCUUGCGAAAUGUCGCCUCAUUUUAUCCAACUUGAUCGAGGGCCUCCGGGGCUGAGCACCCAACAAAUUUGCCUCCGAUUAGAUCAGUAAAUUUAUGGGGAAUUUAAAAUUCUUUUGUUAUGAGUAAUUGUUGUUGAAAAUAUAAGCCUCUAGAAAUCUCCACACUGCUUAAUCAUGCUGAUAUGCGCACCAUAGUACUUUGUAGAACACUUCAUCAAGUCACGCAGUUAUUACGCAAUACUACUAAAAUAGUUCUUUUGUAAGCUUCUCGAAUGUUCCAGAACACUUUGUGAAUGUAUAUAAAAACUCAUUUAUAUAAUAGUGUUGGUUGUUGUUGUCGGGAGUGACCGACUGUUUAGAAAGCUAUACUGUGAGAGAGAGCUGAAGUGGAAGGUUGCUAAUUUCAAGAAACGUCGGAGGAAACUUUAAGUUCGGCUCAGGGGUGAGCUAAGAUAUAGACUAUAGUGAGCUUAAUUAAGUUUAUCGAGGAUAAGUACUGUACUGCCUUUAGGAGUCACGGCUUAUCAAGAAUAUCACUUGUUGUUUAAUAAGGUAGUUGAGUUUGUAGGAUUGCAAUGUUUUUCUGUCGGUUGGAUUAUUAUUAACGAUUGUUUACUUAGUUUCGUAUGAUCUAAAAGCACGUUUAGGCCUCUAAUCAAACGUCACAUAUCUUUCCAUAAAUUCUCAAAAUGUUUUACAAUAUCUCACAUGCUUGUUUUCAUAACGAACUACAGUCAAACUUGUAUUAAGCGGUCACCCACGGAGAAUGCCGGGGUGACUAUUCAAAAUUGGUUCCGAAGAAUAGGGGUAAUUUAAAAAACACUAAAAAAGCGCCAUUUUAUGCCAUAGUUGACAUUUUAUUGAAUAAAACCUUGCACAAGAAUUCUACUAACGUUGAUUUCGAAAGGAAAAUGUGAAUCAAAUUGUACUUGAAAGAUAAUUCUUCGUUUUAUUCAAGUAAUUCUGCUUUAAGUGACCGCUCAAUACAGGUGGAAGAUAAUACAAAGAGGCCGUUCACACUCACUCAAAGGUGAUUGCGACCGCUUAAUAGAGGGAUGAGAAGUAGGGAGACUGAUACUGAUCGGCCUGGAAACCAUUCUUGCAAAGCUUUUCUUUAUUAUUUUUAUUUAACGGUAUGUCUCAAGCGUUGCAAUUUAGUGAAGCUGAUUUACUACUGACCAUAGCAAAAUGGUUUUUCAUCUCCCUAAACAGCGGAAUUCGCCAAAUUAUGGUUCAUGAGAGUAACGUAGAUAUAAUACACAUCAAUUAUUUUGAAUGGUAUGGGGGGGGGGGGGGCUACUCUUCUAUAGGCCACUUUAUCCUCUUUUGUAACCAGCCAGUCCCUUCCUCGCCACUCCCUCCUGUGAGUGGUGCCAUCAUGUCCUUUUAUUACUGGACUGCUCUUCUUUCCCUUUACAGAAUCAAACCCCGUGUAUCGCGAGGGCAACUGUGCCUCCUCCACAAGAACCUUCCUGAGACGUACAUUUAUUAAACAUAAGUUUCAAUACUUGAAUGUACCGCUUGUUGGAACAGUGGCAGUGUCUGAUGUGUUUGACUGCACGUUAGAAUGUCUCAGCAAUCCGUUCUGUUUUUCUGUAAACCUGGCCGCUUUCAAAGGAGCCCAUGGAAAACUUUGGUGCGAAUUGUUGUCAUCUGAUAAGUUCAGAAACUCCACAGAGUAUAAAAGGAAUAAAAGUUCGCAUCAUUUUGCCAUUGAGGUAGGAAACAGUCUUAAUUUUGACAAGUAAACGUGUUAAAAGUUUGACAGCUUUGUCAAGAUUGUAGAGAGAAGGCAGUCAGGUUAAAGCCACUGCAAAUGGUGUCGGUCUGUUGUCGUAUUCAUUGUGGUGACAGCCGUAUUUCCAUGGCAUGUUGUAAAGCUUGCAAACACUUUCUCGUGCCGCGCACUAUCUUACUUACUUACCACCUUUGUUUCCCAGGCACGUCGGCAGACUAAGAAAAUACAUGUGACUCGGUUGAAAAUUUGAGUCAAGAUACCAGAUUCUGUUUAUUUAAAGAAUGGAUUGUUGUUUAAAUCAUCAGUAUUUGGUCAGCUUUAAGUCGAUUUUGUUUUAAAAUGUUUUAUCGACAGACUGCUUCAGUUUCUGCGAACGUUCGAAACAGUUAGAAAACCUUUCCAGACUGAUAGAUUCCAACGGCUUAGCAAUAUAUUUUUUAAUCUCACAAAGCCACUUUCUAAAAUACCAGCAAAGGAAGUAAACUCAGCAAAAAUCUUAAUACUGUAAAUGAAAAUAAAAAAAAUGAAUACAUAAAAAAGCCCAGAUGCUAUCAUGAAAAAUUUAUACUAAAAUGAAUCCGGAUCGGAUUGACGGAAUAACGCGGAUUGGCAGAUUCAUGUACCCCCUAUUCAAAGUACAUGGAACAUUUUCCUACUUUGUUUCUCUACAGUCACCUUGCUCUUCGUCACCUUGUCAACACGAGGCUACGUGUGUCACAAACUAUAGAGAUGGCUCGUUCGGAUGCCGCUGUGCAAAAGGCUUCAAAGGAGAAUAUUGUGAAAAAGGUGAAAAGUUUGGCAUGGCAUUAAAUACUAUAAUUCACAAGUGACUGCUAUAAAUUUUUUACUUAACCUUGCGGCUCGAAAAUGUUCUAAAAUAGCUAGCGAAAAUAUAUAACAAAAAAAUAUUAAAUGCAAUGCAUGAAGAUGUGGAAUCUGUCGAUGUUCAAGUUAAUUAAGCAUCUGACGGAGAAAUAGAAAGGUCUGAGGUGGGGAACUGAAUAUUUAUAUUUCUUUUUACUAACUUCUCAGGCACCAAUUAUUAUUUUUUAUCACGGGGGAGCGGGGUGGAGGAUUUGGAGGAUCGCAUGAUUUUCAGGGAGACUGAGGAGAGCGGAUACAUGAAAAUAUUGCAGAGCCUUAACUGAGGGGGGGGUUGCUUUCAUCGUGCCACAACCAAAAUCCUCCCCCCCCCUCCCUCCAUCGGCAGUAAAUUAUAACUGGUACCAAAGUAAUAUUUAAAAUCUCUUAUUGCUCAAAGAUUUUACUAAUAGCUUGAUACAAAAAUGUGCAACUACUCUACUUUUGUGUCCCCUACUGGACUGUGAUGGAGCCUGAAUAUCUCAAACACCUGACUUUUAUUUUUUUUCUUUACAUUAAGGUAUUGGGUCCUGCAAAGAAGCUUACAACCUUUUCAAGCAAGUGAUACCAAAUGAUUAUAUUUUCGAGCAUAACGUAAAUAGGCCACCGUAAAGAGUUUCAAAGCUGACGUUUCGAGCAAUUGACGAAGGGCUCUGCCGAAGGACUAACGCUCGAAACGUCAGCUUUGAAACCCUUUACGGUGGCCUAUUUACGUUAUCAACUCAGUUGAUAAUACUAAAUUACCCUGUUAUACUCUCCCAUCGACGCAGCACCACAGUUUCUUUAAAAACUUACCCCCUCUAAUAAUAUGAUAAAGAAUGGAUGUUUUCGUAUCAAGCAGGUCAAACGCCAGUCAACUGGUUCCACUGGACCUUAACUCUAAACCAAUCACAGUCCUCUGUCAGAUGGGGGAUUUUGGAUGCGGAGAUGGAGGAUGGACGCCUCUUAUGAAGAUUGACGGCAGCAAGGUAAGCCCCAUAAGGCGGAAUAUUCUUGGCGGGGUUUUCUUGCGGGUGAUGAGGCGCGAGCAAGAAAUUAUCAGAAGCGUCGAAACUACGAUAGAAUCUCUUAGCAACUCGCCCAUAUUCUUAUCGCGGUCCCUGCUUGCGGAAAUUCCUCUGGCAUGAGUGCUACAAUACCCUAAUAUCUAAAACGCCUGCAAGGGCCUGCAAGGACCUGCAAGUAUGGUAUAGAUUGAUGGCUUUUACGCGAACUGUAUUACUGAUUUCAUGAGGGUUCUUCCUUUGAUGAUGCAUCGUGUUGUGUAUGUUUAAGGAUAAAUUAAAUCCUCUCAAUUCUUUUCAGGCAACGUUUGACUAUGACUCUCACUACUGGAGUGAUAAAAACCAAUACAACAUCCUUGGCGGGAGGACUGGGUUUGACUCACAAGAGACCAAGUUACCGACCUAUUGGAACACACCUUUCUCCAAGAUCUGUCUCGGUAUGAAGAUAAGUGGACAGCUCAGGUUUAUUGUCAUUAACAAGCAAGCUAACUCUCUGCACUCACUGAUUGCUGAUGGGACAUACCGCGCUACUUCACUGGGUCGUAACGAGUGGAAGAAGCUGAUUGGUGCGCAAGGCUCUUUGCAACUGAACUGUAACAAAGAGGGCUUCAAUGCUGUAGGUACUGCAAGUCAUCAUUCUAAAGCAAGAAUUGGUUAUAUAGCUAACGAGCAAAAGAAUUGCCACAGUUGUGACUCCAGAAUUGGGUUUGGCACCGGAGGAUAUCCUGAUAACUCCACUACGUGUGGAAACGUAGCAGUAGCUCGCCCAGAUAAUGGUGACAGAUACAUCAAAGCUAUGGGAUAUAUUUUGGUGCAGUAA